AUCACACAUACCGCAAAUAACACACACACAUCCCAGAGGCACACACAUUCCUCUGGCAGUUCGCGAAGCGUUAAGUGUCCCACUGCUGCUCGUGUUCGUGUUUGUACGCUUCAUAUUCGGAUUAAAUGAAUAUCAUAUCUUGAUUGGGGGAGGCGUUGGGCAUGUAAUUCCCAUGGAGAGUACUGAGAGUAACCGGCUGGGAUCGCAUUCAUACACCUCCGAACCGCUGAGACGGCAACACGGCAACACGGCAACACGGCCGAACGGAAUGUGGCUGGUGCAAAUGUUGUACUUUGUGGGCCUGUUGUCGGGCCCUUUCUUUCUGCUGCUGGGCCACUGUGGGGAGAGUGUCAAUGGAGACUUCUAUGGCAAUGCGAGUGCGCAGCUGCUGCGUUUCCGAGACUUUGAGCCCCGCCAGCAAGGAGAGCUUCAAUUCGUGGAGGAGAUGGAGAUGGAGGUGCAGAUGGAUACUGACGUUGGGCGGGAGGGACGUGGCUUUCACUUUCAUGCCAGUGGCGAGGAUGUCAGCGUUGAGCUGGAGUUCAUCGUUCCAUUCUUCAAGGUGCCGGUGAAGCGGAGCAUGGGAAUGGCCCGGGAUGCCGUGCAGAAUCUCCUGAAUCUGCGAACGGGAACGCUGCUCAACACGGCAGUGGUGGUGGCUGCCGGAGCCAUAAUUGCAGCUGUGGUGCGCCUUCUCCUCGCCCCGCUGGUGGUCACGUCGCUGGGCAAUGGAUACCCCUACAGAUCGGACCCCACCAGAGGCAUGCGCCGCCUAACGAAUGUCGUGGAGUCCCACCUGGAGGAGCACAACAUUGACAUGUCCGCCUGUGUCCAGCGCUACAUCUGCCACUACUUGCAGCACAAUGUCUCCUCGAGCUAUGCGCGACUCCUCCAUGUGCUAGCCAGCUCUCCCUGGCUGGACUCACUCACCAGAGGCACUGCAGUGCUGCAUGCCAUCCAAACGGCACGGAGCAGUCGCACCUGUGGCCACACCUAUGCGAGAUGCAGAUUCCCCACUCUGGGCAAACCCCACAUAAACCCCUUCUGGACAUCGAGGACAUGGCCAAAAGUACUGCAAUAUUUCAAUGGCUGACAUACAUAAUUUCCACAUAGAUCGUACAUCAUUUGUACAUAAUUCGUACAUAGUUCAUACAUAUUUGGGGUAUCCGCUGAUGCAGCCUUUAGCUUUUAACUAUUUUUUUUGUGUUGUGUACUAUUAAGUUAG